AUGCGUGAAAUUGUGCAUUUGCAAGCCGGUCAGUGCGGGAACCAGAUCGGAGCUAAGUUUUGGGAGGUGAUCAGUGAUGAGCAUGGUAUUGAUCCCACUGGCACCUACCAUGGGGACAGUGAUCUGCAGCUAGACAGGAUCAGCGUCUACUACAAUGAGGCCACAGGUAGUUCAGGUGGAAAGUAUGUGCCCCGAGCCAUCUUGGUUGACCUGGAGCCAGGUACCAUGGAUUCAGUCAGGUCUGGUCCCUUCGGGCAGAUCUUCAGACCCGACAACUUUGUUUUUGGUCAGAGUGGAGCUGGAAACAACUGGGCAAAGGGUCACUACACUGAGGGAGCCGAGCUGGUCGACUCCGUCCUGGACGUAGUGAGGAAAGAGGCUGAGAGCUGCGAUUGCCUGCAGGGCUUCCAGCUCACUCACUCCCUCGGUGGUGGUACUGGCUCCGGUAUGGGAACCCUGCUCAUCAGCAAAAUCCGUGAGGAGUACCCCGAUCGCAUCAUGAACACCUUCAGCGUGGUGCCUUCCCCCAAGGUGUCCGACACAGUUGUGGAGCCCUACAAUGCCACCCUCUCUGUCCACCAGCUGGUAGAAAACACAGAUGAAACCUACUGCAUUGACAAUGAAGCUCUCUAUGAUAUCUGCUUCCGCACACUCAAACUCACCACCCCCACUUAUGGAGAUCUCAACCAUUUAGUGUCCGCCACCAUGAGCGGGGUGACCACCUGUCUGCGUUUCCCCGGCCAGCUCAAUGCUGAUCUCCGUAAACUCGCUGUCAACAUGGUGCCCUUCCCACGUCUGCACUUCUUCAUGCCAGGCUUCGCCCCCCUCACCAGCAGGGGCAGCCAGCAGUACCGUGCCCUGUCUGUGCCAGAGCUCACCCAACAGAUGUUUGACGCCAAGAACAUGAUGGCUGCCUGCGACCCACGCCAUGGCCGCUACCUCACCGUUGCCGCAGUGUUCAGGGGCCGCAUGUCCAUGAAGGAGGUGGAUGAGCAGAUGUUGAAUGUGCAGAACAAGAACAGCAGCUACUUUGUCGAAUGGAUCCCCAACAAUGUGAAGACCGCCGUUUGUGACAUCCCACCCCGUGGCCUCAAAAUGGCUGCCACUUUCAUCGGCAAUAGCACAGCCAUCCAGGAGCUGUUCAAGCGUAUCUCCGAGCAGUUCACGGCCAUGUUCCGCCGUAAGGCUUUCCUCCACUGGUACACUGGUGAGGGCAUGGAUGAGAUGGAGUUCACCGAGGCCGAGAGCAACAUGAACGACCUGGUGUCCGAGUACCAGCAGUACCAGGACGCCACUGCUGAGGAGGGUGAAUUUGAGGAAGAGGGAGAGGAGGAAAUCGCCUAA